AUUUCCUUUUUUAAAUGUCGCGCGAAAAAUUCCACUUGUGUUUCAUCAUGGCCGCGCUAUUAGGCCGGACGUGUACAGUGGCCAAACGAUUCUCAUCGCCUUUGAUAAACACAGUCAUUAGUAUCAAUUCCCAUCAACUCCAAUGGAAACUAUUAGGUUUGAAUGCAGUGAUGAACUGCCAGUGUUAUCACACAACUCCAAUUCGCAGAAAAAAGUCAAAAGCUCGAUUAGAAAAGGAAGCCAUCAGUGAUUAUGUCUACAACCAGAAGCCCAUGGUGAAGUCUCCAGUGCUGGAGGUGUGGAAGAGAAUGACAGUCCAGGACCUCUCUACAGUCUCCAAUCGUUCGAUUAAGGACGUCUUGACAGCAAUCUCUUACGCAGAGAGCAGUCGCUACACUGCCUCCACAGUGAUCGAGGACCACCAAGUGAUCUUCGAGGCUGUGAGGCGCCUGGGGUUGAGGUACAAGCUCGUGCCAGCCCCUAGGAGUGAAGAGGUCAAAGACGAGAAGGUGAACGACGCAGUGAGACGUCCCCCAGCUGAUCCCUCGCAGCUGGUUAAACGACACCCAGUGGUGACUGUGAUGGGGCACGUGGACCAUGGCAAGACGACUCUGCUGGACACCCUGAGACACACGUCAGUGGUGGACUCGGAGUUCGGGGGCAUCACCCAGCACAUCGGGGCCUUCAACGUGAAUUUGGACUCUGGGGAGAGAAUCACCUUCCUGGACACCCCUGGACAUGCUGCCUUCAGCUCCAUGAGGGCCAGGGGGGCCAAUGUCACUGAUAUCGUUGUGCUGGUGGUCGCUGCUGACGAUGGGGUCAUGGAGCAGACUGUUCAGAGCAUCAGGAUGGCCAGGGAAGCUGCUGUGCCCAUUAUCGUUGCUGUUAAUAAGAUCGAUAAGCCAGAGGCAGAUAUUGAAAGAACCGAGAAGAUGUUGGCUGAGCAGGGGAUUCAGUUGGAGUCACAGGGGGGAGAAAUUCCUUCUGUCAAUAUUUCUGCCCUCAAAGGGACUAAUCUCAAGGAGUUGAUUGAGACUAUUGCAGCACUGGCUGAGGUCAUGGAUCUGAAGGGGGACCCCAAGGGCCUGGUCGAGGGUGUGGUUCUCGAGGUUUCCACUCAGGUGGGGAGGGGAAAGCUUGCCACUGUCCUGAUCCAACGAGGAACACUCAGGAAAGGAGCUGUUUUAGUGAGUGGAGUUGCAUGGGCGAAGGUACGAGCGAUGUUCGAUCAUGCUGGAACCCCAGUACCAGAGGCCAAACUCUCCGAAGCAGUUCAAAUAAUCGGCUGGAGGGAACUGCCAUUCGCUGGGGAUGAAAUCCUAGAAGUCGAGGAUGAACACCGAGCGCAUGUUGUUCUCAAACAUCGACAGGCGCAGCAGGCGAAGGCUAAGGCACUGGAUGCCCUCGAGAUUGUGGAGAAACGGCGAGAGGCGCAUGAUCAAGUUUACAAGGAAGAAUUGGCGGCACGAAGGGCCUCAGGCAGGAGAAACAAAACAAAAGGCCCCAGGAAGAAGGAGACAGAUGAUGACGAUGGAAUUCCCAGGGUCAAUGUGAUAAUAAAAUCAGAUGUUCUCGGCUCUGCUGAAGCCAUUCUCGAUGUCUUCGAGGCUUAUUCAGACAAUAAACGAUGCCAUCUCGAUGUCAUUCAUUAUGGAAUCGGUGCUGUGGCCGAGAGUGAUGUGGAACUCGCAGAAGCAUUCGAUGCGCUUAUUUACACUUUCAACGUGAAUACACCCAGGAAAAUUCAGGAGUUUGCCGGGAAAAUGGGGGUCUCAGUUCGUCCGCAUAAAAUUAUAUACAAACUCAUUGAUGAUGUCAAGAAGGAAAUUGAGAAGAAACUACCGCCUCAGAUAAAGGAGGAGACACUCGGGAAAGCCAAUGUUCUUCAACAAUUCGAGAUAAACGAGAAGAGAAAACCGGUCAAUGUCGCUGGCUGUCGUUGCACUGAUGGAAUGCUCACGAAGAAUGGAAUGUACAGAAUUAUACGUCAAAAUGAAAAUAUUUACGAAGGUAAAUUAGCAUCAAUGAGGCACCUCAAAACCGAAGUCGACACAGUGAAGUCAGGGGUCGAGUGUGGCCUGAGGUUUGAGGAUCCAGCAGUCACUGUCCAACCAGGAGACACAAUAGUCUGCUUCAAGCAUUAUGAAGUACCUUCUGUCACUCACUGGGACCCAGGUUUUUAAUAACAAUUCCCUCACUGCCUGUUAUGCAAAAAAUUACAGGAAAAAUCAAGGAAAUAUUUUCAGUUUUAAGUUAAGUACAAAUUGAUUUAUUAUUCCACUGAGGGCUCAUGUCGUUUCGUACAUGUAAGUCACGUCUUAUUAAGAAAAUAGACCGAGGACAUUUCGCUCUAUCAAAAUUCAAUCACUCAUUAAUGAUAAUUAUUGUCAACUCGUUUUUAUUAAGUCGAAAGAUUUCGUGGGGAGUAAUUCGUUAAUUAUCAACGAGAUAAUUACGCGAUUAGC